UUAAUUCACCGUUUCGUCGAUCGAACGCUGUAUUUUUUUCCAGUGCAAUAUUCGGCCGAUGAAUAAAAAGUGCUCGAAUUGAAGUACUUAAAAAUAAAUAAAAUAAAUAAAUAAAGUCAGAAAGAACUGUGGUGGUGUGGGGUGAGAAAGAGAGGGAGGUGAAAAUUACUGCUGCUGCUGAGGUGUGUGCCUCUGUACGUGUGUGUAUGUGUGACGUUUACAGCAGCAAAAGUUCGGUGUUGUCAAAAUUUUGUAGUAUUUUAAACGAUUCCCGAUCGGAUGUGAGUUGAUCGCGAGUCAUUGAUCUAAUCGGAUGUGGAAGAGUCUUGCUGAUUGCAAACGUGUCUAAAAAAACGAUAAACAACGGCUAUUUGUUGCUGCCGCAACAGCAACAGCAGCACACAAACACCAACACCACCACCACCACCCCCCGUUCCAGCCUAACGGUUUAUUCACAGUGGCAGAAGAAGAAGAGGAAGCAGAAGAGUGUGCAAACUGGGAGGAGCAUCAUGUGUCGGUUUUAGAAGAUCAUCAAAGGACUAGAUCAUCACGAAUCAGGGGCACACUACAGAUCGGACCGAUCGAGAUCUAGAAACGGGAAGCCAGGGACUCAAGAUUCUGAGGGGAGUAUAGACUGAGAUCGGAUAUCGUUGUGCUGCGUCAGAAGAUGACCCUGACCUCCACAGCCGAGAGCCAAGCGAAAAUGGACGUGAAGGGCGGAGCAGUUCCCGGCGAAGAGAACCUGCCCACCUCCCAGAUGGAUCUGCUGGCCAAGCUGGAGGCGGCCAACAAGCUCAUCGAGAGCGAUGCCAAGUCCCUCACGCACUCCACGCACAGUCGCAAGAACUCGGACACGAGUCAGGUCAGCGUCUCCUCAAGCGGUUACUCGGUGGCCGAGGAGGAUAUCUGGACGACAUGGGGCACCAUUGUCAACGACUGGGAGGGAGCUCUGAAGCGAAAGAAUCCCUGUGUGGGCGAACUGGUGCGCCGUGGAAUUCCUCAAUACUUCCGGGCGAUUGCGUGGCAACAUCUGAGCGGAGCGGCGGAUGUGGACAAGAAGCAGUACGCGGAGUUGAUCAAGGCGAACAGCGUUUGCGAGAAGGUCAUCCAGCGGGACAUUGCCCGCACCUAUCCCGAGGUGGAGUUCUUUAAGGAGAAGGACGGACCCGGCCAGGAGGCCCUGUUCAACGUGAUCAAAGCCUACUCCCUGUACGAUCGCGAGGUGGGCUAUUGCCAGGGAUCCGGCUUCAUAGUGGGUCUGCUGCUGAUGCAAAUGCCCGAGGAGGAGGCCUUCGCCGUGCUCGUGCAGAUCAUGCAGCAGCAUCGCAUGCGCCACAUGUUCAAGCCCUCCAUGUGGGAGCUGGGCCUGUGCCUGUACCAGCUGGAGAAUCUGGUGCAGGAGCUGAUACCCGACAUGCACAUCCACUUCCAGCAGCAGGCCUUCAAGGCGUCCACGUACGCCUCCAGCUGGUUCCUCACCCUGUACACCACCACGCUGAAUGUGAACCUGAGUUGUCGCAUCAUGGACGUCUUCCUAAGCGAGGGCAUGGAGUUCAUCUUCAAGGUGGCGCUCGCCCUGCUCAUGAUGGGCAAGGAGACGCUGCUCUGCCUGGACAUGGAGGCCAUGAUCAAGUUCAUCCAAAAGGAGCUGCCCAGUCGCGUCGAGGCCGAUGUCGAGGGCUUCUUCGCCCUGGCCUAUUCGAUCAAGUUGAAUACCAAGCGCAUGAAGAAGAUGGAGAAGGAGUACAAGGACAUCAGGAAGAAGGAGCAGGAGGAGAUGGCAGAGCUGCGGCAGCUGAAGCGCGAGAACUGCAUGCUGAAGCAGCGGAACGAGCUGCUGGAGGCGGAGAGCGCCGAACUGGCCGCUCGCCUGGUGCGCGGCCAGGUGUCCCGGGCGGAGGAGGAGGAAACUAGCUAUGCCAUUCAGAACGAGCUCAUGUUGAUGAGGCGAUCUUUUCUGGAGGUCUCCCACCAGCUGGAAAACGCCAAUGAGGAGAUUCGCGGCCUGAGUCUUCGGCUCCAAGAGAAUAAUGUAUCCAUCGACAGCAACAACUCCCGGCAGUCCUCCAUUGACGAGCUCUGCAUGAAGGAGGAGGCGCUGAAGCAGCGCGACGAGAUGGUCUCCUGUCUGCUGGAGGAGCUGGUGAAAGUGCGUCAGGGUCUGGCCGAGAGCGAUGAUCAGAUCAGGAACCUCAAGGCCAAGGUGGAGGAGCUGGAGGAGGACAAGAAGACGCUGCGGGAGACGACGCCCGACAAUUCGGUGGCCCACCUGCAGGACGAACUGAUUGCCAGCAAACUGCGCGAGGCCGAGGCCUCACUCUCGCUGAAGGACCUCAAGCAGCGGGUGCAGGAGCUCAGCAGCCAGUGGCAACGGCAGCUGGCCGAGAAUCAGCGCAGCGAAAGCGAGCGCACCACCAACGCCGUCGAUUCCACGCCCAAAAAGCUGCUGACCACCUUCUUCGACAGCUCCAAGAGCAGCGAGCACACCCAGAAGCUCGAGGAGGAGCUGAUGACCACGCGCAUCCGUGAGAUGGAGACGCUCACCGAGCUCAAAGAGCUGCGACUGAAGGUCAUGGAGCUGGAGACGCAGGUUCAGGUGUCCACCAAUCAGCUGAGGCGGCAGGACGAGGAGCACAAGAAGCUCAAGGAGGAACUUGAGAUGGCCGUGACCCGGGAGAAGGACAUGUCCAACAAGGCGCGCGAACAGCAGCACAGAUACUCGGAUCUGGAAUCUCGCAUGAAGGAUGAGCUGAUGAAUGUGAAAAUCAAAUUCACCGAGCAGAGCCAAACGGUGGCCGAACUGAAACAGGAAAUUUCCCGACUAGAGACCAAGAACUCGGAGAUGCUCGCCGAGGGCGAACUGCGCGCCAAUCUGGAUGAUUCGGAUAAGGUGCGCGACCUGCAGGACAGGCUGGCCGACAUGAAGGCGGAGCUGUCGGCGUUAAAAAGUCGCGGCAAGUUUCCGGGCACAAAGCUACGCAGCUCAUCGAUCCAAUCAAUCGAGUCGACCGACAUCGACUUCAACGAACUGAAUAUGGUGAGGCGCGCGAGUUCGGAGCUGUCCACAUAACCUAUGGAUCGAUCAGAUCCAGAUCCUCAGCAACCAACAACCACAACCACAACCAGGAGAAUAGCAGCGAGUGAGAUGGGAGAGAAGAACCAGGGCAGUACAGGAUACACCCAUAUCGAUAUGGGGGAGCGUUUAUGCUUAUAUAUAUAUACGUCGAUAUAUAUGUAAGGGCAGGCCUGUGAUCACAAAAAGGGAAGCGGAAGCGGAAGCGGAGCAGCAUCGAGCACAGGAAGUAGUUAAGGAGCAGUCGGCAGAAUAGUUGCAAUCCCAUUACAACAUUAUUUAUGUAAAAUAUUCGUUUAAACCUUACUAACAUGAUAUGCAAAUUUUAUUAUACUUAAUUGUAUCUAUUUUUUUUGGCAAUAAUUUUAUUACUGUUACGUUUUACAAUCCGAAACACACUCAUAUUUAUUUAUUUUAAAGCCUAAUUUAAAAGAUAUUGUGAGAGUAUUUUACACACUUGUACAUUGAUCGAUGGCAACUGAUUCGAUUUACUAACACGAUAUGGAUAUUUUAUAAUGAUAAUUUGUAUCUAUUUUUUUUUUUGGCAAUACUUUUACUACUGUUACAUUUAUGUAUUUAUUUAAAAUCCCAAUUGAAACGAUAUUGUGAGAGUAUUUUACAACCCUGUACAUUUUGAUCGAUGGCAACUGAUUCGAAGCGAAGCGAUAGAGUGGAGAUUGGCAUUUGGAUUUUAUGUAAACCCCCAGAAAAAAACCCAUUACCCAACCCAGGCAUCCUGUGAACCACUUUUAAUGUAAGUUUUAAACGAAUCGAAUUGUUCUUAGGCCAGGUUAAUCGAAACGCCGACUUUUUAAAUUGUACGGAACAUUUGAUUUAUACACUUGAUUUGUAUUAUGAUUUCAUCCUGUGGAAUGAUAUUAACACACAUUUGUCUGGAAUGAAUUUUGUAACUCUCGUAUAGUAAGCUAAACCAAUAUAAAUCUAAAACUAAACUAAAACCAAGUGCGAAAGACAAAGUAACAAGCGUGGCCAAAUGCACAGAAAAAUGCAAGAUGAGAAAAAACCAAGAGACGACUAUUUAAAAUAGUUUAAAAACGAUAUGUGAAAGAACCACGAAAAAUAGGGGCCCCAUUUCUCCCCGUUCAAGAACGAUAUUACGAUAACGAAUACGAUAUUCACACUUCUUACGAUAUUCAACUUAGUUAACAGUAGCGCUUGUCUAUAGCCCUAAAAAAGAGUAUGAUUUAUAUGGCUCCUUGAACCCAUACCGAUCUAAAGCGAUUUGGCAGCUUGUCGCGAAAACCGAUUUCGACAUCGACUAACGAUUUAUCUACAAACAAUGUAAUUAUUCAGGUUGAAUUGUUUUCCAUGUGCAAUAUUACCUAUUUUUUUUUGUUUCUAUUGAAUUUCUUUUCUAUUAGAUGUUUUUAUUAUCAUUUGUUAGCAUGACGUCCUCAGUGUUUAGGUUUGUUACUUACCGUGAUUAAGACCCCCAACCAAUCGAUUAACUUAAUUUGUGUAAUUCCAUUGAUUUGCCCAUCAUGACAAACCGAUAAGAAGUAGCGGGAGAACUAAGAGAUCUAUGUAAUAUGUUUCGUAGCGUGUAAGAAGGCGGAAAUUAUGUCACAAUACUUUGUUAUAUUAUGCUUAAGUUAUGUUCCCGACCCUUACAAAAUUAUUAGCAUACUUUGUUCUAUGCGAUAAUUAGUAAUGAUUAAGAACUAUAUAAAUAUGUAUGUCUGCGGCUAAAAGACGAGGCUGCUGGGGCAGUAUUAACAAUCAGCAGCGGAGUUAACAGACAUUUUAAUACACAUUUUAAUAUACAUUCCCGAGAAAGAUAAAAUUCCCCCCAAAAAAAAUCAAAAAUCUGAUUCCCCAACAGCCUCGAGUCUUAAGAAUUUGGCAAGAACACUAGAAUUGCGUAUUAUGUUAUGGAAAGCGAAGGCACAAAUUAUACGAUAUCUAAAAUAGUUUAUACAAAUUUAUACAUGCGUAUGGAGCAUUAUUAUUGUUGGCCAAAGUCUAGACUUGGCCCGCGCAUAGUUGGUGUUAACUGAUUGACCAAUGAGUGUGAAAUUUGUGCGAAAUGCCGAUCAAAUAGUAGCCCCACUUAAGUGACUCAUCGGGCGGGGGGGGAGGUUGGGUUUAUAAUGAACCCCAUCCAUCCCCUCGUCGAUGGCAGCUAAUUUUAUUGCCUUGUCAGUUCGAUUUGAUAAAUGUGAAAAGACUUUGCAGUUUAUCAAUUCAGUGUGCGACUGUGCCAACGACUUUGGGCCAGACAGAAAGCAGACGUUCACGAUUUGUUGACCCUGCCAAACGGUCGAAACUCCAUUCAAUCCAAUUAAUUAGCGGGCAAACUCGCAUAUAGCAUAUACUUAAUGCAAAUAAAUCAAGUUUAGCUUCCAUUGAGCAAAGGCGCUCUUCAAUGUUCACUUUGAUUUGCACUUAUUUAUUGCGUUUCUUGUUUCAUUCAUUGUUGAUCAUUGAGCAAAAAACCAACCGACAAAAUUCAAAUCACAAAAUGGAAUGUAGUUGACAAAAUACCACAACAAAUAGUGUUAUAUACUUUACAUUUACAUAUACAAAAAAACAAUAUAUAUACAUAAAUAUAUCAAUAUAACGAUAAAACUAACAGCGGAAGAGCAGAGAAAACCCGAAGGACUACAGAAUGAAACAAAUAAAAUUCAACUAAAACUGAAAACAAAAAAAUUAAACAGAUAUACAAAACGAAAUCAAAGUUACAAUUUUUAGUAUU